AACAGUCGUGUCCAUCGACAGUCCACCGUAGCGUACGGCUAAUAACGUGGGAGCCGCGUUCUCAUGAUAAAAAGGGACGUGAAAAGGACGUGGUUUCUUUUUUUUUUUUACGAGAAAGGGUUUACCGGAGAAACUUUGUACAGCACAAAGGAACCGUUAGUGUACCUGCAAGCGCGAGAGAAUCUCUUGAUACUCCGGCACUUCCAGAUAACGAAGCCGAUACAACGGAUAACUGAUCCGAAAUUAAGGGACAAACUUGUAGAGGUGCACGUCGAAGGCAGAAGCGCAUGGAUAAACACUGAGUCAGAUCAUGAAGAGAUAUUCGUCGGCACCUUGUUUAGAAGACGUUGGCAAUGAGGCUAAAAGAACAAAAGGAUGUGAACAGUACGCGGAUCCAAAUACAAGGGAAUAUCUCCAAUUGGCUUUAGCCAGAGUCCUAGAAUUACAACGAGAAAUCAAGGAUGGCACAUACGUUGCAGAAACCGAUAAUGGCAGUGAUCUGGAUGCGUCGGGCAGUGAGGAAGAUUUAACGAAAGAAAUUUUUACCAAAGUAUUCCGAGAUCUACCCGGGACACCUAGUUCUUUUGCUAAAAUAAUAGACAGAGGAACGCGUUGGAAAAAUCAUCGUAUUGAUGCCAUUCAUACUAAAAAGAUACAAUUACUGGGUUUCGAUACUUGUCGAAGAAUGGCCCUUGAAUUCAUGAGAGCUAUCAUGCCGGAAUCACGGAACAGAUCCUCCUCAUUAAAUACGAUUGAACUCGACAAUUUUCAACGAAACGAAUCGUUGCAUUUGAAAGAUGAAAUUCAAGCGAAUAAUUUUCGUAAACAGGAAUCGAACGCGCAAGAAAUUCGAGCAAGAAUGUUGAGAAGUUUGGAUUUGCAUUUGGCCGCUAAACAAAGAGACUAUACGUCCAAAUUAAUGAAAUCGAGUAUUUAAUACUGGAAAUGACAUCUUCAAGUGGAAAUAGAUUGAGUGCGGAAAAUUUCCGAAUUCAAUAUUCUCAACAUAUGCCGGAUUAUUGGAAAUAUUAUGCUGAAAGUCCAUGAUAGAUGAUAUUUAUUUGUAUAUCUUUUUAUUCAUUAAGAUGAGAUUGUCUCAUAAACGAAUAUGAUUCUGUUUAAAAAAAUUUUGCAGAAACGCUGUCAAUUUUUUUAGAUUUAUAAAAAUUCUAAAUGAAUAAUUAAUAUUUUGCUUCUAUAGGGAAAUAACUGAUUUCAGUUCUUGUAGUAUUAAUGAAAACUUAUCUAGUCAUAUAUGUGAAACUUGCUAGUCAUUACAUGAUUAUUCUGCAAAGAUUUCUAUUUUAUUUAAUUUAGUUUAUUUAAUUAUUUAGUUUAUUUAAUUAUUUUAUAUAGAUGUCAUUUUAUAUAGGUCAUUAAUGCCUUCCCACUUAAAAUUAAUUUUCUCUGAUCGGACGCAUUUAUAGAUAUCCGUUCAGCAUGAUUGUCAGAUUCAAUAAAUGUAAAAUUGCGAAUAAAUUAAUAGUUUUAAA